AUGUCGCUGCUUUCAAGAUGGUCGAAGUCGACCGAAAAUUUGAGGGAAAAGAGCAAAAAGUGGAACAUCGCGCCGAUUAACUUGAAAACGAAAACGAAGAAGAUCAAGGCGAACAAAUUGGCAAUCAGCAAACCGAUUGACUACACUCAUACAGCUGGAGUCGACAAAGAAAGAGACGAAUGUUUCACGAUAGACGAGUCCCAACGAAUCGUCUGCACAACCGCGGAAAUCCUCAAGCGCGAAAAAUCUCAACGUCAUCUUUCCCGCGACGCGAAACUCUCAGUCGUUCGCGAAAUUCCAGAGCGCGCUCGAGCCGCCAGUCCGAUGCGAAAAUCGACCAGCAGCGAGGACAUUUUCGCGGAUAUCGAGUCGAAAAUUGGCUCGAUGAAUAUUUUGGACGACAUCAUGUCGAUGCUGAAGGACACGUGCCCGAGUGUGGCGCAAGAGAGCGUCUUUUCGAGCUCUGCAUUGGACAGCACUUUCGACCAAUCAGACGGCACUUCACUCGCUGCUUCGACUUGCUACACGUCCGACACCGAAUCUCGCGGCACAGGAUACUCAUCUGCUUCCGUGGACGAAACUGAAUCCAUCACUAAAAGCAUCGCGCUGUCGAACGCGCGCCAUCGACGCAAGAAUCUCGCCGACCUGGCCUCCCAAAAAGACUCCUUCUACUCGACGACCGACAUUUCCCAGUGCGAAACCGACCGAGAAGUGCCUUUGUAA